AUGCCAGCAAAAGGGCCUCAAAUAAAUCGCCUUGCUUAUGCAGAAGACAUUAUUAUUUUCUCAGUUGGAAACAACAAGACGAUCAGGUUGAUAAUGGAACAAAUCCAUAAAUAUGAAAUGGCAUCGGGUCAGAAGCUCAAUGCAAACAAAAGCUUUUUCAUAGCGGCUCCAAAUACUAAAGUCGGGAGAAUCAAUAGAAUCAGAAAUGCCACUAGAUUCAUGGACAAACAAUUUCCUAUCAAUUAUCUGGGGUGCCCUAUAUAUGUUGGGAGGAAGAAAAUAUGUUACUUUGAGGAGAUGGUUGCAAAGAUAGUUAAGAGGAUCAGUGGUUGGCAAGGAAGAUUGUUAUCCUACGGAGGUAAAGUGGUCAUUAUUAAGAAUGUGUUACAAUCCCUCCCAUUAUACACCCUCUCUGCCAUGAGCCCUCCAAAAGCUACACUUAAUCUGAUUGAAAAGCAUUUUUCAAGAUUCCUUUGGGGAUCCAGUGGUGACAAGAAUAAGUUUCAUUGGAGUUCAUGGAAAAACCUUUGUGUCCCUAAGGAGGAAGGUGGUAUCGGAAUUAGAAGAAUGGAAGACAUCAACGAAAUUUGCAGCAUUAAAAGAUGGUGGAGAUUCAGAACAUGUCCUUAUUUAUGGGUCGAAUACCUUCGAGCUAGAUAUUGUGUAGAGCCCAUCCAGGUGAGAAAGCUAUUGCCUCAGGCAACUCUUAUUCUUGGAAAGCUCUUCUUCAUGCGAGAGACAAAGCGGAAAAGAAUAUUCUUUGGAAUAUUAACACAGGCAACUGCAGUUUUUGGUGGGACAAUUGGACAGGUAAAGGACCACUUGCUAAAGUGGUCAAUCACACUAACACCUCCGGUAAGGUUCAAGUUUCCUAUUUUUUAA